GCCGGCGGGGGCGCUCGGGCCUGGGCUUCGGCGCUCUGGCUCGGGAGGCGAUCGUGGCCGCUGCCGCCGCCAGAGCCGGCCGGAGUCGGCCCGGAGCCGCGUCCACGCGGAGCGGGCGGGUGGGAGCUGGCGGCUGGGCCCCUGCGGCGCCCCCGCGGCCUGCCCCGCGUCCGCCUCCGGGCCGCCGAGCCGCAGCCGCCGAGAUGGGGGCCGCCCCGGGCCGCGCCCCCGCCGGGUCCCGCCCGCCGUGCUGCCGCUGAGCGCAUGGGCCGGGCCGCGCCGCGCCGCUCCGGGAGCCGGGCCCGGGGUCCCGCCACCACCGCGCGCGGGACAGAUUGAUUCACUUUGGAGCUGUAAGUACUGAUGUAUUAGGGUGCAGCGCUCAUUGUUCAUUGACGCAGAGUCCCAAAAUGAAUAUCCAAGAGCAGGGUUUCCCCUUGGACCUCGGAGCAAGUUUCACCGAAGAUGCUCCCCGACCCCCAGUGCCUGGUGAGGAGGGAGAACUGGUGUCCACAGACCCGAGGCCCGCCAGCUACAGUUUCUGCUCCGGGAAAGGUGUUGGCAUUAAAGGUGAGACUUCGACGGCCACUCCGAGGCGCUCGGAUCUGGACCUGGGGUAUGAGCCUGAGGGCAGUGCCUCCCCCACCCCACCAUACUUGAAGUGGGCUGAGUCACUGCACUCCCUGCUGGAUGACCAAGAUGGGAUAAGCCUGUUCAGGACUUUCCUGAAGCAGGAGGGCUGUGCUGACUUGCUGGACUUCUGGUUUGCCUGCACUGGCUUCAGGAAGCUGGAGCCCUGUGACUCGAACGAGGAGAAGAGGCUGAAGCUGGCGAGAGCCAUCUACCGAAAGUACAUUCUUGAUAACAAUGGCAUCGUGUCCCGGCAGACCAAGCCAGCCACCAAGAGCUUCAUAAAGGGCUGCAUCAUGAAGCAGCUGAUCGAUCCUGCCAUGUUUGACCAGGCCCAGACCGAAAUCCAGGCCACUAUGGAGGAAAACACCUAUCCCUCCUUCCUUAAGUCUGAUAUUUAUUUGGAAUAUACGAGGACAGGCUCGGAGAGCCCGAAAGUCUGUAGUGACCAGAGCUCUGGGUCAGGGACAGGGAAGGGCAUAUCUGGAUACCUGCCGACCUUAAAUGAAGAUGAGGAAUGGAAGUGUGACCAGGACAUGGACGAGGACGAUGGCAGAGAUGCUGCUCCUCCCGGAAGACUCCCUCAGAAGCUGCUCCUGGAGACAGCUGCCCCGAGGGUCUCCUGCAGUAGACGGUACAGCGAAGGCAGAGAGUUCAGGUAUGGAUCCUGGCGGGAGCCAGUCAACCCCUAUUAUGUCAAUGCCGGCUAUGCCCUGGCCCCAGCCACCAGUGCCAACGACAGCGAGCAGCAGAGCCUGUCCAGCGAUGCAGACACCCUGUCCCUCACGGACAGCAGUGUGGAUGGGAUCCCCCCAUACAGGAUCCGUAAGCAGCACCGCAGGGAGAUGCAGGAGAGCGUGCAGGUCAAUGGGCGGGUGCCCCUACCUCACAUUCCCCGCACGCACCGGGUGCCGAAGGAGGUCCGCGUGGAGCCUCAGAAGUUCGCGGAGGAGCUCAUCCACCGCCUGGAGGCCGUGCAGCGCACGCGGGAGGCCGAGGAGAAGCUGGAGGAGCGGCUGAAGCGCGUGCGCAUGCCGAGUCCCAGCUCAAGAUGGGAUGUCCCAGCGGCCCCAUGCCAACCUCAGAGGCCCAGAGACCCACCUUGGUCACCUGCAUUGAAGGGGCUUGUGUACCUGAUCCUUUGUGGGUGGCAGGGCCACAAGCUGAGACUGCAGCAGGAGGAGGAAGGUGAGGACGGCGAUCCAUCCUCAGGGCCCCCAGGGCCGUGUCACAAGCUGCCUCCCGCCCCCGCUUGGCACCACUUCCCGCCCCGCUGUGUGGACGUGGGCUGUGCCGGGCUCCGGGAUGCACACGAGGAGAACCCUGAGAGCAUCCUGGACGAGCACGUACAGCGUGUGCUGAGGACACCUGGCCGCCAGUCGCCUGGGCCUGGCCACCGCUCCCCGGACAGUGGGCACGUGGCCAAGAUGCCAGUGGCACUGGGGGGUGCUGCCUCGGGGCACGGGAAGCACGUACCCAAGUCAGGGGCGAAGCUGGACGCGGCCGGCCUGCACCACCACCGACACGUCCACCACCACAUCCACCACAGCACAGCCCGGCCCAAGGAGCAGGUGGAGGCCGAGGCCACCCGCAGGGCCCAGAGCAGCUUCGCCUGGGGCCUGGAACCACACAGCCAUGGGGCAAGGUCCCGAGGCUACUCAGAGAGCGUGGGCGCUGCCCCCAAUGCCAGUGAUGGCCUCGCCCACAGUGGGAAGGUGGGCAUGGCGUGCAAAAGAAAUGCCAAGAAGGCUGAGUCGGGGAAGAGCGCCAGCACCGAGGUGCCAGGUGCCUCGGAGGAUGCGGAGAAGAACCAGAAAAUCAUGCAGUGGAUCAUUGAGGGGGAAAAGGAGAUCAGCAGGCACCGCAGGACCGGCCAUGGGUCUUCGGGGACGAGGAAGCCACAGCCCCACGAGAACUCCAGACCCUUGUCCCUUGAGCACCCCUGGGCCGGCCCUCAGCUCCGGACCUCCGUGCAGCCCUCCCACCUCUUCAUCCAAGACCCCACGAUGCCACCCCACCCGGCUCCCAACCCCCUAACCCAGCUGGAGGAGGCGCGCCGACGUCUGGAGGAGGAAGAAAAGAGAGCCAGCCGAGCACCCUCCAAGCAGAGGUAUGUGCAGGAGGUUAUGCGGCGGGGACGUGCCUGCGUCAGGCCAGCGUGCGCGCCGGUGCUGCACGUGGUACCAGCCGUGUCGGACAUGGAGCUCUCCGAGACAGAGACAAGAUCGCAGAGGAAGGUGGGCGGCGGGAGUGCCCAGCCGUGUGACAGCAUCGUUGUGGCGUACUACUUCUGCGGGGAACCCAUCCCCUACCGCACCCUGGUGAGGGGCCGUGCGGUCACCCUGGGCCAGUUCAAGGAGCUGCUGACCAAAAAGGGCAGCUACAGAUACUACUUCAAGAAGGUGAGCGACGAGUUUGACUGUGGGGUGGUGUUUGAGGAGGUUCGAGAGGACGAGACCGUCCUGCCCGUCUUUGAGGAGAAGAUCAUCGGCAAAGUGGAGAAGGUGGACUGAUGGGCUGGUGGGCUGGCUGCUGCGCCAGGCGAGGCCCUUGGCGGGCACGGGUGUCACGGCCAGGCAGAUGACCUGGUACUCAGGAGCCCGAUGGGGAACAGUGUUGGGUGUGCCACCCAUCCCUGUGGUCUACCCGUGUCUAGAGGCAGGUAGGGGGUCCCUCCAAGUGGUCCACAAGCUUCUGUCCUGCCCCCAAGGAGGCAGCCUGGACCACUCCUCAUAGCAAUACUUGGAGGGCCCAGCCCAAGUGGGGCAGCCGAGGUCCCUGCUGCCAGCUUCAGGUGCCCCCCCCCCCCAUCCCCCAGCACCUCCCUUGGGCACGUGUGCUGAGAUCUACUUUCCCUCUGAGAUUUGCCCACGUACCCUGGCCUGGCUGGGGCCCAGGCCCAGAUGCAGAGGCCUGCAGGGCCUCUGUCAAUUGUACGCACCACCGAGUGCCUUCAACACAGCUAGUCUCUUGCCUGCCACUGUGUGAAUCGGCGACGGAGCACUGCACCUGCCUCCGGCCGCCGGCUGUGCAGUCCCGGGUCCUCCUUUCUGAGGGCCCGUGUAAAUAUGUACAUUUCUCAGGCCAGGGCCAGCAGGGGCUGCCCGAGUCUGUUUUUCAUGCGAUGACACUUGUACAAUUAUCUUUUCAAAGGUACUUGGAUAAUAAUGAAAUAAAACUGUUUUUGAACCUGC